CUCUGCUUUCUGAAGCACCAAAACCAGAGAGGCUAAUUGUUUAAGGGUUGGACGGGCUGAGAUGGAGAGUGAGAUCGAGAAGAAGGCGGCUGCCAUGGCGGAGGAGGAGGUGGCGGGGAAGAAGGUGGCGGCUGAUGGUGACGUGAGCCUGAAGGAGCUGUCCAAGAAGCUCAACGACUUCGCCAAGGAGAGGGACUGGGAGCAGUACCACAGCCCCAGGAACCUGCUGCUCGCCAUGAUUGCUGAAGUUGGGGAGCUGUCGGAGCUGUUCAUGUGGAAAGGGGAGGUGCGCAAGGGCCUGGCGGACUGGGACGAGGCGGAGAAGGAGCACCUCGGCGAGGAGCUCUCCGACGUGCUGCUCUACCUCGUCCGCCUCUCCGACAUAUGCGGCGUCGACCUCGGCGACGCCGCCACCAGGAAGAUCGUCAAGAACGCCGUCAAGUACCCGGCGCCGUCGAAGGAAGGCGGCGCCUGACGAACAAUGCCGCCUGUGCUUCUUUGGUGCUUUUGUGUGAUUGCUGGUGCCUGCUAGGACCAGCUAUACGAACUGAUGCUGGAACCAUUUCUUUUGGUGGAACUUGUGUUGCGUGAUGGGAAGGUUAAUGCAAACAUUGCGCGUCGACCGGAUAGCCUUUUUGUCCA